AACGUCAAAGUUCUUGUUGCAAUGUUUCUGAUUACGACCCCCAGAGUAACUGGAAGGAAAGUACACCAGUCACUUAAAGAUCUAAUUGGCAUCUACUUGAAAUCGGCUGAAUGGAACCAUACUAGGACGUAUGCAAAAAUCAACAAUCCCAUUUCCAUGGAUAUAACAUCAAAUUACAAAAUUGCCCCUGGAAUAGUAUUAGACGACAUAAAGGAAAUAGACAAUCAACACUUGCGUGACUGUAAAGCUAUUCUUGAGUGGAACGCCCUCACUAAAGGAAGAAACGGCGUGUACAGCAUUUAUCCAGACAAUGCAACAUCCAUAAAGGUGUACUGUGAUAUGACCACGGAGGGUGGAGGUUGGACGGUAAUACAAAGAAGAUUUAAUGGACAAACGAAUUUUCGCCGAAAAUGGAACGAUUACAAAAAUGGGUUUGGCAAACCCAACAAAGAAUACUGGUUAGGAAAUGAUGUAAUCCAUACCUUAACUAGUCGAAGAAACCAGGAACUACGAAUAGAUUUGGGAAAGUUCACAGGCUCCAAAGUUUAUGCCAAAUACACCAAUUUCUCAGUUGCGAGCGGGGCUAAGAAAUAUCAACUAUCAAUCAGUGGUUACACUGGAAAUGCUGGGGACAUGAUGAUUAGAGCUUAUAAUCUGAAUGGGAUGUAUUUCACAACCAUUGAUCGAGACAAUGACCAAAAUGGAAGAAAUUGUGCAGUCAACCAUCACACUGGUGGAUGGUGGUACGGUAACUGCGCACAUUCUGAUUUAAAUGGCGUCUACGCAACAUCAAACAAGAGGAACGACAAAUUUCUCUUUUGGGGAACCAAUGAUGAAAAUAUGAAGACUACCAAAAUGAUGAUACGGUCUAAAAAUUAAAAAAUAAUAUUUUGGUGCAAUAA